AGAUUGUGUUUAGAUUAGCACCUUUCGCUGAGCUUCGUGGAUUGAUGUGGGACUGUCGACAUGCACAUCCUGGGUACAAAGCCCUUUUUAUUCAUCUUCUAAUGUUUGUGCUGUUGCCUGGCAUUGGCUGCGUCAUACAGGAGUUCCAGGGAAGCUGGCUGUGUCUCCUGGGAGACCUGUCAGUGUGUCCCGCUUUGUUGGGGUCCCAGUAUUCAGCUGUUCCUGCCAGACUGAAUUACAAACUAAUGCUAACGGCAUUACCUGUUAAUGUUGCGUUUAUCCACUCUCGGAUGACUGUAGCGUCAGACUCCAGAAUCUUUGGACAUUUGCGAUUGCCCUACAAGCAUUUGAUUUGCAAUUUGACGUGUUUUACAGGCGGUGUCUCCAUAGCAUCUGUUAAAUCAGUCCUUUUUUGCCAACUCUUCUGCAUUUUCUGUGGUCGACUUUUGUGUGCUUAAAAAGUCUCAUCUCAAUUUCCCACCAGGGCACAUGGACAUUUGCUUAAAAUACCCCACGUUUACCAACUCUGUAUCUGAAAAGUCAGCCAGUGGAAGGGUGUCAAGUAUCUGAGAGCUGAAAAGAGAUUAUACCUAGACUAGAGCAGCACCUAUAGUCUUGAAAAAUGAGGUCAUGGAGGAGGGAGAGACUUACCAAAGGUGUCACUGUCCCUUGAGUCUCCACCUGGCUAGGGUGGCUGCAUCUGGCUCAAUCUUUAAAUCCAUCUGUCCCUGACUCUUCCUGUGUUUCUGCCUUACUCUUGCUGCUGUACCACUGCAUUUAUUCCCUGAAAGAGGCUGAAAUGCCAGGCCUGAGGCUGCACUGUUUGCAAAUGGGUGCUGCUCUCAGAUAUGUGUGUGUGUGUUUGUGGAACAGCGGGGCUCUUGCUGUCGAUGCACCACUAGCCGACCCCUUUGGUGUGCGUCAGAGGGAGCAACAGCAGCCGAGGGCCACACUGAUUGAUUUGACUCAUCAAUUGUGGACUCUGUCCACUAGAGGACAUUGCCAGGGUUUGAGGGACCAAUGGGAUGCACUUAAUGCAGUACUCUUUAUGCCCACUUAAUUUUUCCCGGGCGCUGCAGUUUUUUUGACCCUAAUUUCUCCACUUUCAAUAAUAAGUUACCAUUUCUUUGCUUUGUUUGGGUUGGUAGGAACUGCCACACAAUCUAUUUAUUGUCCAUGUUUUUCAUUAGAUGAGACACUGCUGUUAUAGGUUUGCCCCUCCUCUAAGCGAACAGGUCCCUAUUUGGAUCAAUCUAGUGCGUGUGUUUGUGUAUGUGCUUGCAUUUUAGGUGUGUGUGUUCCACUUGAGGGUGAGUCGAAUGGCACUGUGUACAGAAUAAAUAUUGAUACAAAUGGAGCAUGAGGGGGAUUGAUUUACCAGGGUGAUGUCCGCACAGUGGAGCUGCAGAAAGCGAGGGCUUUAGUUCAGCAUUCAGCACUCGAGGAAGAGCAGGAUCAGCAUCAUUGGCCACACUUGGAAACAAAAGCAGCAUUGAAAGCAGACCUGUAGCUCUUCGCAGAAGUGGAUGCGAGGGUCAAGUGUGCGAGGACCUCUUAGGAAGAUGCCUAGGGCUAUGAGCCUGAUGCUGUGAGGAAGAAGAGAAAGGUGGAACCAUCUCGGCAGGGCCCAUGUGUGACCGAAAAAGCUCCAGGAGGCAUGGUGGGAAGCGGGAAUCUCGUUCUUCAGGAGAAUCUCGUUCUUCAGGAGGAUCAGUGGAGGGAGGAGGGGGAGGCAGUAGUGCUGGAGGAGCAGUGGAGGGUCCCACGCUCCUAGUGGACGUUAAGGAGUUUCUCGCUAAAGCCAAAGAAGAUUUCCUAAAGAAAUGGGAGAACCCAGCACAGAACACUGCAUCUCUGGACCAUUUUGAGAGGUUGAAGACUCUAGGCACUGGCUCGUUUGGACGAGUCAUGCUAGUCAAGCACAAAGAAUCAGGCCAGCAUUUUGCCAUGAAGAUCCUCGACAAACAGAAGGUGGUGAAACUGAAACAGAUAGAACACACGCUGAAUGAGAAACGCAUCCUGCAGGCUGUCAGCUUCCCAUUCCUUGUGCGAUUGGAGCACUCGUUCAAGGAUAAUACUAACCUGUAUAUGGUAAUGGAGUAUGUUCCUGGAGGAGAGAUGUUCUCUCACUUACGUAGAAUCGGCCGGUUCAGCGAGCCUCAUGCCCGAUUCUACGCCGCCCAGAUAGUUCUGACCUUUGAAUACCUUCACUCACUUGAUCUUAUCUACCGAGAUCUGAAGCCUGAAAACCUGCUCAUAGACCAGCAGGGCUACAUACAGGUAACAGAUUUUGGAUUUGCUAAACGUGUAAAGGGCAGGACCUGGACACUGUGUGGCACACCUGAGUACCUGGCGCCAGAAAUCAUCCUCAGUAAAGGUUAUAAUAAAGCAGUGGACUGGUGGGCUCUGGGAGUGCUGAUCUAUGAAAUGGCUGCCGGUUACCCUCCGUUCUUUGCCGACCAGCCCAUCCAGAUUUAUGAGAAGAUUGUUUCUGGGAAGGUACGCUUCCCCUCACAUUUUAGCUCUGACCUGAAGGACCUGCUGAGAAACCUGCUGCAGGUAGAUCUGACGAAGCGCUUCGGUAACCUCAAGAACGGCGUCAACGACAUCAAAGGCCACAAAUGGUUUGCAACCACCGACUGGAUCGCAAUCUACCAGAAGAAGGUGGAAGCCCCCUUCAUCCCUAAGUGCAAAGGCCCUGGCGACACCAGCAACUUUGACGACUACGAGGAAGAAGAAAUCCGGGUCUCUUUCACAGAGAAAUGUGGAAAGGAGUUCGCUGAAUUCUAGAAGCAGCAGCGGAGGAGAGGGAUGGAGAGAAAUUAGAUGUGGGGCAACACAGAGAAGAAAGCGUUUUCCAGGGUGGUGAUGGUGAUGGACUGGACUGAGCCUUAACCGGUAACAACAACAUAGAGCCCUCCCACACAGAUGGAGGGAGAAGAAGAACAAAGUCCUGAGAGAGACGCCAGCAGUGUUGCCUUUUCAGAUCCUUCGUCUCUUGUUACUUGUCCAUUUUCAUGUUUUCCCUCUUGUUUGGUAGCCAGGGUCCAUUGGGCAGAGAUUCGGUCACUUCUCUGUGGCUGGCUGGUAUGGGGAUAUUUGUGACUACUUCUUUUGUUUUUCCAGAGAUAUAGAGGUUACUUUCUGGUACUGAAUUUUGGCUUCUCCAGAGAAAAUUACCCAACUUAAUUGUUUUUUUUUUUUUUAAAUAGCAAAGGUGUCCUUGCUCUGUAGUUCUCCACCCUGCCACAUCAUGUUUACUUCCUGUGCACCUAUUGGCAUCCAGUACCAAAUCAAACCCACUUACAGCGUUCAAGAGAUCUGGCUUUUUGUUUGACACGUCACCCAUUUCUCACAUGGAUUUCAAGCAUCACACAACCAUCCUUCAAAUUUCUCAUUGCAUAUUAAUUUCCUACAGUGCUCUAGGAUCAGGCAGAAUCUGCCGCUUAGUAUAAAUAUUGUUGAUUUGGAUCAUCAUUCAUCAUUCUCUUGAUUAUUUAGUGUAUUUUAAGCCAGUGUUGCAAGUGGCCACUGAUAAGACCGUAACACUUCGUAAUAUUUUUAGAUCUGUAGCAUGUAAGCAUACUUGAAGCUCCAAAUCCAUUAUUUUACAGGUUUUCUCAGAUGGCUAUGAUUCGAAGAUACAUUUCCAGAGAUAAACCAACACAAAAUGGAAAUGCAGCUGGUUGUUUUUAUAAAAGAUGCUUUUAAAGGAAAACGUUAAAGAAGAGCAUUGUUUCUGUGUUUACACCGGGUUCCUGGUGGAUGUUGUUGUUGGGGUUUUUUUUAUUAUUCUUUUCAACCGUGUCGCCUUCUAGUGAUGUUUUAACUCUCUAAGGCUUCACUUAUCAAUCUCCAUUUCUGCUUCAAACAAGCUUGUUGUUCAUGUAGACUUCAUUGUGUGUUAUUAAGAUAUUGACCAGUCAGUUAAGCACCAUUUGGCCUGUUGAAAUAUCGUCCAACGAACUGAUCGAAAUUUGUUCGCAUUCUAUCUUGCUCUGUAACUUUGUAGAGUGCAAGACAAUCUAAAAGCAAACGUCCCCAUGUUGUUGUUGUUGUUGUUGUUGUUGUUGUUUUUUUUAGUUUGCAUAAGUUUGCAGUAAUGCGUAGUGUGUUGCAAAGAUUUUUUGCUAUGCUUGAAAAGUUUCGUGUUGAUGAAUAUUUAAUUCGAUUUUAAAGGUCAAGUGUAACUUCUGUGCCAAUGGUGGCACCAAAUUGAACCGCAGUCUGAGUAACAGAAAGGACAUAAUAUAUUAGAAUUGAUUAAAGUCAUAAUUUUUUUUUUUGCUGCUGUUAGUGGCACAGAAUUGACAUGCUUCACCUUUAAAACUGAGAUGCAGACCAUCGCUUAUAGCUCAGUCUUUCAGAUGUUCGUUAGGUGCCGAUUUCAAAAUCGAUUUUUGGUUUGUUUAGGUUUGUUAUUUCUGUUUGUUAUGAUGAGUGAUGUAACUUAAUUUUGCAAAACUACAGAUUGGUGCCAGGUUAAAAUUUGUAUUUCAAGCAACUUUUUUUAACAACGGAAAUAUCUAUUGGACACUGAAUGGUUGUGAUGCUAUUUAAAUUGCAGUAUAAGAUCAAAUUACUGUUCAUUUCCCUCUCGGGAAAUGUUAUGUCACUGUAGCCUGCCAGAUCCACAGCCAAAACGCACCAAAUUGGGUCCGUUUUUGAUCAUUCGGGUGCUGAUGUAGCUUUAAAACAUAGACGAGCAAAGGGCAGGAGUUUAUAUUUCACAAAACAUUAAGCUAGGUUUAGCUCUUCUCUCCCUCACACUUCAAUGCCUGGCGAUUGCUGGGAUAUUUGCUCGCCCCAUUUCUGGAGACUUUGUCAUAAAAUGGGUGUACAAACAGGAGAAACGACUCCAUCUCUUGGUUUGAAUAGCUAUAAAACAAAACAAUCAGUGUUUAAAGAAUGCGUCUGUACGUUUAGAUUACUGCGCUGGUCUUGUGACGCUAGAAGCAACGGGAGACUAUUCUCAACUGGUGCACCGAGUUAUAAUGAACAGGUUGGCUUUUGCAUGAGUUUUUUCCCUCAUCUUAGAGCUUGAUCGUGGAAGGGACUAUGGAAGGGUUCUGUUUAAAGCAACAGUGGGAUAUUAUGGCUCAAAUGCACCUUUCAUUACACCUAUUUUUGUCAGAGCAUGGAAAUAUGUGACAUUUUUGGCCGUAUUCAUAUGUCAUCCCUCUAUCUCUGGGUCCCGUCCCUUCCUUUCAAAUACAUGGGUGUCACACAUCCUUCAGUCUCCCACUCAUCUGUUCAUCAUUUACAUCAUCAGUCAUCUUUUUUUUGUGUGUGUGUGCGCAUCAGUCCAUGAUACAGUUUGCCUUUGUACACAUCCAGUUUCCUACACUCUUCGAUUUGCUUUUUAAAAAAAAAAAAUCAUGAAGAAAACAUUUGAUUUACUUUUGCAUAUUUUCUAAGUGUAUUUUCAGUAACAGGAGUCUCUUUCCUCUCGACAUGGGUAUGGUGAUGGUGUAGUCUAUUGUACCUUCUCGGGAAACAAUACUGUAUAUUCUCUGCCUUUAACAGUCUUAAUUAUUUUACCUUCUGGAGAAGCUGACGGAUACCCGUAGGACACAUCGAGUAUGUUUAAAAAAAAUACACAGAAUAAUAUUUUGCAACAUGUAUCAUUCCAAUAAAGUUUUAAAUGUUAAAAUUA